UAAUGGUUGGUCGUCCUCGCUCAAAAGGUUGUUUCACCUGCCGAGCCCGUCAUUUGAAAUGCGACGAGAAACGGCCUGUCUGUUCGCGCUGCGCAAAAGACAAGUUUGAUUGCGGACCUCCCUCCGAUGAUUUGCGAGUCAUCCAAUACAACCCUCCAAAGUCGCUCGCACGCAUACAAUCCACGCCUUCUGCUGUGACAGAUGACAACGUGUUCAUGACUCAUUUGAACCACAAGUUGUCCUCAGAGCAUGAUACGCGCGUUCGCUGGGUUGGCUUCAACGCCAUGGCAAGACCAAACACUUUACCCUGGAAAUGCCUGCUCGUGCUAUCCAAAUCGUUCUAUGGUCGUGUCCAGCACCGGUCAAGUAUAAAAAAACAUGGCAUUGCCCUGUACGGUCAAUGUCUAGAGAGUAUCAAUAACGCGCUGUCUCAUGUGAGCAAACACUCAAUGACUGACAUGCUUCUAUCAAUCAUGCUUAUGGGAUUCUACGAGGCAAGACGCGACCUUNUAUACUUCCACCGAGAUGCUAUC